AUGUGGAUUAUUUCGUUUUGGGUGUUCCCGCUCAUAUCGGCCUGCAUGUGGGUUGCGAUGUUGAUUGCCAUGCUUGUGGUCUGGGCCGCCCGUGAAAACGAGCCGAACUAUCCCAGCAUGGAGAAAGGACAGACUAUUGCUUAUAUUUCGGAUGUGGGCGCGUACGGUCUGAAACCGCUCUUCAUCACCGGCAGCGUAAUCACCGUGGUCUUCCUGGACUUGGCCUUCUUGUCGGAGCGAUGGCUUCGACACGCCGGUCAGCUGGUGCCGAACAAGGGUUUAUUCGACAAGGCCUGCGCCAUCGGGUCCAUUUUCUUCUCUAUUGCCGGAGCUGCCGGACUCAUUCUGCUGUCGAUCUUUGAUACGUACCGCCACCCUCACAUGCACGAUGGCUUUUUGAUCAUGUUCCUGGUUGGAUAUAUCAUCAGCGCAAUCUUGAUCUGCGCCGAGUAUCUGCGCCUUGGCAUCUUCUACCGCUCGCAACAUCGCAUCCUGAUAGCCAGCUUUAUCAUCAAGCUCUUCUUCAUCGUGAUCGAGAUUGGUUUGGCCAUUGGCUUUGGUAUCUGCAUGCAGAGCCAAGACCGCGCCAAGAAGGACCCCGGAGCCAUUCUCGAGUGGGUGAUUGCCUUCGUUUUCACCGGAUACGUCCUGUCCUUCGUGGUGGACUUGUUGCCAUCCGUCCGCACCCGCACGCAUCUGCCGCAGGGUGAAAAGCGUCUAGAGAUGGCGCACGAGGGACCCAAUGCGCCACACGGCGGCAUGUCCCUGGAAGAACCCCUGACGACCGAUUCGACGGGCCCGAACCACUACCGCGGCGCGCAUUUCUAG